AUGAGUGGACCACACACUGCGUUCUUCUACGGGUGGCAGAUGGAGCCCAAGGUCUUCUUCACAGUGACGCAGGGCAACGGUAGACCUCCCCAGGUCAUCAAGGACCUCUACACCUUCACCCCGGCCGUCCUGGACAACUACACCCGCCACCGCGUCAAGUUCGCCGACUACCCCGGCAUGAUUCCGGAGGAGGGCGGCUCAGUGCUCGGCAUCUACGCGACGGGUCUCACGGACGCCAACGUCCUCAAGCUCGACCUGUUCGAGGGUUCCGAGUACGAGAAGAGGAUCGUCACAGUCAAGGUCCGCGGUGAUGACGGCAAGGGGGAGGAAAAGCAGGCCACGGCGUACAUUUACAGGCACCCGGAGCACCUCGAGCGGGUGGAGUGGUCUUUUGAGGAGUUCCGCAAGGAUAAGAUGCAUGUCUGGACACGCGAGAGCUACGUUUUCGAAGGCUGCGAUGACUUUGCCGAAUUUGAGAAAAUAGAACACGAAGAUGCGCGGGGUCACGACGAAAAUGGAAAUGACAAUGCGGUCAAGCAAGAUGGUGCUUAA